UGCCAGUGAAGUUGUGUGGUGCGCGAUCAUGGUGAUGUGAAAGUGUUAAAAUUCUCUCUUGCCAUAAUGACAUCCAUAAUGGAAAAUUGGAAAGUGGUGAUUCUAUUUGUCUACAUCUUUUGCAAUGGGAACGGACCUCAUGUCGUUGAAUCAGCAGCUGCAUCCUUCUUCGGCGCCUCCUACGUGUCGCUCCCCCUGCAGGAGGCCCGGAGCUCGACGGAGAUCAGCAUGCGCCUCAAGACCCAUCGCUCGGACGCCCUUCUGCUCCUAGCGGCAGGCACGACGGAUUACUGCCUGGUGGUGCUGGAGGGGGGCGCCCUCAGGGUAAGAAUCAACCUCGGCGCCGGGGAAUCGGAGUUGUCCUCGCCCCCGAGACUCCGGCUGGACGAUCUCCUGUGGCACGACGUCCGUAUUUCCCGAAGCACCGCCGAGAUGUCCCUCACCAUCGACAACAUACAUACGACCAGACUGACGCUUCCCGGCCGGUUCCACGAGUUGAACAUCCACUACGGCGUGUUCCUGGGGGGGAUGGGGGACUUCACGGAGGUGUUCCUCGGGCUUCUCGACAACUUCCGAGGAUGCUUGGAUCAGGUGGUGUACAACGGACUAGACGUGUUCCGGGAGGUGCAGGAGGACCCGAAGUCAGCUGACGUGUACGGCGUGGAGUGGAUGUGUUCGGACGAGUUCGACGCUCCAGCCGACACAGCCAUUAGCUUCAUUAAACAGGGGGCUUAUGUGGCCUUCCAAGACUCCUACCCAAGGACGGGAGGAUCUAUCAGGAUGGAGGUCAAGACGCAGAAGGAGAACGCGCUGCUCAUGUAUAAUACGGGGCCUCCGUCUAGAUCGGAUUUUAUUGCCCUGGAGAUCCACGAGGGGAAGCCGAGACUGGUCCUGGACAAGGGAAACGGAGCUGUCGGUCUCAACAGCACCAUCUACAUCAGCGACGGCGUGUGGCACCAUCUGGAGGCCCACUUCAAACCCACGUACAUGGAACUUAACGUCGACGACCACAUAGAGGACCAGCCCACGCACAUCGGCGAGAAUAAGUUCUUUGACCUUUCCGGGUACCUUUUCGUGGGCGGAGUCGAGGUUAACAAGCAAGCGAGGGCGGUCAAGCAAGGGGCCAGGAACGGGGAUAAAAGCCUCGAGGGAUGCAUUCAGAACCUGUUCGUGGGCGAGCGGAGACUCAGCAUCCGAGAAUCUCGUGUCACCCUGGGCAUCAAGGCAGACUGCAACUGGGCAUACCCUUGCUUAAAGAACCCUUGCGUGGAUGGUGCCCGUUGCGUGCAGGAGGGGACGGAUGGGUUCAAGUGCGAGUGCGAUUUGGCCCUUUGCGUGCGCCAGAACUUCACGACGGCGUAUAAGGUGUUCACGAAGACCACGCUGCCGUUCAAUCUGGAGAUCCUCAGCCUCACGCCCAUGGAGGUGCAGGAAGGAGGCCAGGCUCUGAUUACCUCACAUCACCUCCACCUUGUCCUCGAUUAUGAGAAGUAUGGCGUGAGGGAAUCGGGCGUCCACUUCCACGUGAUCACGCCCCCCUCCCGAGGCCGCCUGGACGUCGACCUCCCGCGACGACCCGAGGACACCAUCUUCACCCUGCUGGACCUCAACGACGACCGCGUGACCUACAUCCACGACGGUUCGGAGACGACUGAAGACUCCAUCGUACUCGAGCUGGAGUUCGUGACGCGCUCGGGCUACAUCCUGCCGUCGUAUCUGCAGUCUCGCCACCGCUUCGUCCUCCCCGUCAGGAUCAUCAGCAAGAACGACGCCCCGCAGAUCAAACUCCCGCCGGGGAAGGUCCUGAGGCUGGCGGCGGAGACGGCGAUAACACUCACGACCAAUAUUAUCUCCGUGGAAGAUAACGACAGCGCGCCGGAAAAGCUCAGGAUCUCGGUGCUGAACCUGAACGACCCCGCCGGCGGCUUCAUCCAGCACUCGCAGGCGCCGGGCGAGCCCAUCCACGCGUUCACGGUGGCCGACCUCAACAGCGGCCAGGUCUCGUACGUGCACCGCGGCGAGCCCAACACCAAGAUCGUGCUCCGCGUCUCGGACGGGAUCGAGACCAGCGACUCGGCGAUCCUGCGCGUGGCCGCCUUCGACCUGCAGGUGUACCUCAUCAACAACACGGGGCUGAGCAUGACGCACAGCAGCUGGGCGCUCAUCACGCCGCACAAUCUCUCGUACACGACCAACGUGCCCGAGCAGGAGCUCGAAAUCCGCUUCGACAUCUCGGAGAUGCCGCGCUUCGGCGCCGUGCAGCGGCUCCGCGGGAACGACCGCUGGCAGAACGUCAACCAGUUCAGCAGUCGGCAGCUGGAGAAGGAGAAGAUCCGCUACCGACACACCGACAAGGAGCCGACGGUGGACGAGUUCCGCUUCCGGAUCACGGCCGGCGAGCGCAAGUUCCCGACGGAGUACACGUUCCGCAUCAACUUCGUGGCCAUCACGGUGGACGUCGUGCGCAACGCCGAGCUGCUCAUCGACAGGAUUCAGGAGAGCUUCAUCUCCGAGGGCUUCUUGCAGACCGUGACCAAGCCGGACCCGGCGCCCAGCAGCGAGAUCGUCUACAGCAUCAUCGUCGCGCCGAUGUUCGGCUCGAUUUUCUUGAGUUCGGGCGACCUGACGCGGCACCAGCAGCUGGAGAAGGGCUCCACGUUCACGCAGGAGGACAUCGCCAAGGGCAGGAUCAAGUACAAGCUGCACCGCAAGAGCUACUCGUCGCUCCACGACUCGUUCCAGUUCCAGGUGUCGAGCCAGGGCCGCAGCAGCGACGUGCACACCUUCAACAUCCGCCACACGCCGCCGUCCGUCGACGCGACCAUCGUCGUCGAGCGACUGGACGUGCAGGAGGGCGCCCGGCAGAAGAUCACGCAGAAGUACCUGCACAUCGAAGUGGAGGACAUCGAGGACCUGAUCUACAACAUCACGUCGCCGCCGCGGCACGGCGCCAUCGAUAUCAUAGACGAGUCCAUGAUCCUGCCCGAGCGGAGGAACGCCACCUACUUCACGUCCCGCGAGAUCCUGUCGGGCUCCGUGUUCUACCAGCACGACGACUCCGAGUCGGCCAAGGACCGCUUCCACUUCGUGGCGCUCGCCGAGGACCCGGAGGUGGACUUCCAGUACGUGGGCGUCAUGCACUUCCGGAUCCUCAUGAUCAACGACAACCACCCGGUGCGCGUCAUGGAGAAGGUGCUGAACGUGGUCACGGACAGCGAGCGGGUCGUCACGUCCAGCGACCUGCUGUACGUGGACCCCGACCUGGACACGCCGCCCACGCAGAUCCAGUACACGCGACGCAAGAUCCCCAACGGCGACUUCUUCCACGUGGAGGAUCGGUCGGAGCCCGUCUACAUCUUCACGCAGGAGGACAUCAACCAGCGCAGGAUCGUGUUCCGCCACGACGGCCCCUCCUACGGGAAGGCCGUCAUCUCCGUCACCGACGGCCACCUGUCGUCCACGGGCAUCCUGGAGAUCGUGGCGUCCGAGCCCUUCAUCGAGAUCGUCAACAACAGCGGCAUCAUCGUGCCCCGCGGCCAGCAGGCCGUCAUCUCCAACUACAACCUGAGCGUGGAGACCAACAUGAACGCGUGGGGCGCGGCCAUCGUGUUCCACGUGACCACGCCGCCGCGCUACGGCCGCCUCGUCACGCAGGGCCAGGCCAGCGCCAAGGUCUUCUCCGAGGCCGACCUCCAGAGUAGGACGCUCAAGUACGUGAAUAAGGGCGAGCCCAGCUUCAAGGACGAGUUCCGCUUCAGGGCGAGGAUUGGCGACACCACCUCUGAGGGCAUCUUCGAGAUCAAGGUCUACCCCGAGAGCUACUGGGAGCCGUUGGUCGUCCUCAACAACGCCACCGUCAGAGUCGAGGAGGGCUCGAGGGUGACUAUCGACCAGGCCGCCCUUAAGAUCAUGCACCCCAACAUCGCCCCGUCGGACAUCACUUACGUCAUCGUCCAGCGGCCUCAGAAUGGGUACCUGGAGGUCGACCUCGGCCAGACCACGCCCACGGAGUACGAGGACGAGGCCAGUCUCCUGAAACCUGAGGUGAGCGUGUUCGACCAAGCGCUAAUUAACGAAGGUCGAGUCCAGUACGUAGGGAUCGGGACAAACGUGACGUCAGACCACUUCGUCUUCGACGUGACCAAUGGGAUCUCGAGUUUGUCUAGACUCGUUUAUAAUAUACAGGUCAUCCCGAAGACCAUCUACCUGUCCGCCGGCGCCCUGCACGUGGACGAGGGCUCCCAGACCAUCGUGACCAUGGACGUGGUGCAGGUCCUGACGGAGUAUUACACUCACUCGGCGAUGGACCCUGACACGCGGCCGGAGAACCUGAGCAUCAGCGUCGGGACUCCGGACUCCGGCUUCCUCGCCUGGACGUCCAACCUGAGUCACCCGAUCACGUCCUUCACGCAGGCGGAUGUCGAUGCGGGUCGAGUCUCUUUCAUCCACACAGGCGGCCUCUCGGGGAUGUUCCGGUGGGAGGCGAGCGACCAGGUCCACGGCACCGGCUCCAACGUGUUCACCGUGUCUGCCCGGGCGCUGCACAUCAGCCUCGUGCGGAACGAGCAGCUGCACGUGUUCCCGAUGAUGCAGCAGCCGCUCUCGGCCGCCGUCCUGCUCGCCGUCACGAACGACUUCAACAUACAGAGGUCUUUGGUCUACGUGAUCCGCCAGGCGCCGUCCCUGGGACAGCUGCUCCUGGAGGAGGCGGGGGGCGUGCUAGUUCCAGUCGAUAACUUCACACAACGGCACCUGAAUGACUCCCGCAUCAUCUUCGAGCACACGAGCCCCUUCUCCAAUCUCUCAGCGAGCGACAUGUUUGUCUUCGACGUGGAGACUCCUUUUGCAGAGCCACUGAAGAAUCAAGAGUUCCACAUCGGAAUAUCUGUCGCCAGUCCGCGUGGAGGAGGCCUUGAGCGCUACCUCGGGCUGGCGCCUCUCGUGGUGGCGGAAGGAGGGCAGGCGACUGUGAGGCAAGACAACCUGAACCUCUCUGCUGUCUUGGAAUUCAUCGAGACGUACCCAGGGGCUGGCGUAGCAGUGCGAUUCCCGCCACAGCUGAUCGCCACUGUCACUUCCACACCUGUGAAUGGCAUCUUCACACUAAGAGACAGAAACAUGACUGAGGGCUACACCUUUACCGUUCGUGACAUCGAAAAGGGCCGUGUGCGGUAUGAACAUGAUCACAGUGACACCCUCACCGAUAGCCUAGGCUUCACUGUUCACCUUGCUGGAAAUGGCUCUUCUCCAGAUGUACUUCUAUUUAAUGGAUCACUAAACGUUAGUGUAACACCAGUGAAUGACCAACCCUUCACAUUAGUCACCAGUGCUCCAGUUCUGUAUGUUGUGCACCGUCAGAAUGCAAUCAUCACCAACCACAGUCUGCUCACCACAGACCCUGACAAUGUUCCAAGGGAUAUUGUGUAUGAACUCAUGAGCGCCCCUGACCACGGGCGUCUCAUCCGAGUUGACAACUUUAGUGUAGCUGUUCAGUCUUUCUCGCAAGAAGACGUGGAUGCUGGCAGGAUCCUUUAUGCUCAUGAUGGAACUAAUGGAUCAGCCCGUUUCUAUUUCAAAGUAUCGGAUGGGAAACACAACCCUAAAUACUCAGUUUUUACCAUUGAGGUACAACCGCUCACCCUGGAGCUGGUAAACCAUACUGUAAUUCCCCUGAAACAAACUUCUACUGUAGCUUAUAUCAUGCCUCAUCAUCUUGCAGCCAACACAAAUGGCAACCGCAAUCAUAUCUUCUAUAAUGUCACCAGAUCACCCAGAUUUGGGCGCUUGUAUAUGAAUGAUCAGGUGAUCCACACAUUUGGACAAAUCAAUGUUGAUAAAGGAGAAGUUCUGUAUAUGCAAACAGAUUUGACAGAACCAUCAGAUAAUUUUAGAAUAGAUCUUUGGACAUGGGAAGCAUCUAUUCGUGAUGUAGAAGUAAGGGUUGUGGUGACACCUCUUGUAGAAACAAAACCGUUGAUUGCAACAGUAGGUGGAAGAACCCGUCUCACCUUAGACCACCUAGAUGCUUCCCAACUGGCCACCAUUACAGGCAGCAAUCCUGUAUAUAAAGUGAAGAAAAGACCUCGUUUUGGGAAGCUAAAGAAGAUCAGUCGACGGACAAGGAGAUCUGGCAGGUCCUAUGAAGUUCAAGAUUUUACACAUGAAGACAUAAGGGCAGGACUUAUAUUUUAUAUUGCAAGGAAUCUCAAUCUAAGGGCUGAUGAGCCUCUGCAUGAUCAUGUCCACUACAUCCUUAAGGUACCAGCACCAGGGUUUCAACCAGCAGAAGGAACACUCCGCCUUAGUUUGGUGGAGAGUAUGGAGGCUGGUGCAGCAUUAGAAGAAGGUGCAGGACCACCAAGACAUCUACGACCAGAAAUCCUCUCACCUACGGGAGACAUUGAAGGUCCCUCAUCAAACUCAGAAACCUCAAGUUUAUUCCCUGGCAUUCCCAUGGAUUAUAUAAUUGUCAUUGUAGCCUCUGUUGGAGCUGUGAUGGCUGUUAUAGCUCUAAUGGUGCUGGUACGCUGUGCUACUCGUCGCCGACAUAGUGACAAGCGCAGUAAUGUUGGGAUGGAUGGUGAUGUAGCCUCCCUACCCCCACCACUGCCAACUGAUUCACGACCCAACUCCUUCAUGACAGACGAUAUGUCAGAGCUAGAGUGCCGACCCCCAGAACUACCAUCGUCCCCAAGGCCUGGCCGCCACCACCACUUACACAAUGGUGGCAGUGGUGGGAUGGGGCUGGCAGCACACCUCACAGAUUCCGAUGCCUCCUGGCCCCGUGACCCAUCUCGGGAGGUCUCACCGGCAGUGCCUCAGUGCAAGGUCACACCCCUCUGUGCGGACACGACGCCCAGGGAAAGUCCGUAUGACCCGCACUUGGCCGGUUAUCCCUAUGGUGUCAACACGGAGCAGGCGGAGGAGUGGGGCCUGUAUGAGAAGCACCAGCCUAGAACUACCAACCCGAUGCUCAGGAAGAACCAGUAUUGGGUGUAGUAAACUCUCGUUUAAGUUGUGCAGUGUCGCAGCAACUGCGUGUUAUGGUGCUAUUAUCUACUUCAUAAGAAAUCAAAUGUUGUGGAGGAAGAAAAACAUAUAAGUAUGUGUAUGCAUGAAUGAAGUGGAUCGUGUUUUGUGUUUACUUUUUGACUUGAAAAUAAUAUUGAAUAAAAUAAACUACAGACUGCAAUGAUUUUUUGGAAGUUGUGUUUCAUAAACGAAUUACAUGAUUUUCAUAUAAUCUCGAAUUUUUUGCAUGGUGUCCGAGAAACUUUGUGAAAAUUAUUCAAGACAUUUGUGGCAUUUGAUGACUGUGGCCUUGUACCACUCAUUGUGAUAGUGCUACUGGUAAUGAAUUCUUCAAUAUGAAAGUAUUAUUGUGGUUAUUUUGUGUUGGCUAUUUAUAUCUCAUGAUGGGAUUUCACCUAAGCCCAGUCCAUAUGUUCAAUAUGAUGGCUUAAUGAACAACUGGUUUGUUAGUGGACAUUGUGCGUUCUUCUGAGUGUUUUGUUUACGGUAAAGUGUUCAUGAUUCACAAACUGUAUAAUCGAAGGAAUACGCACAAUCGCCAAUGUGUAAUCACCUCCAGUUACGUAUGUUCAUAAGUUCAAGGGCAUUGAAAAAAAAAGAAAGAAAAAAAAGCUCACAGUUGUACUUACAUAUAUGAUGGUUUGAAUGUUAAGCAAGUACUUAGAAAUACCAAAAGUCACGCACAUAUUUCACAUUAAUAAUGGAUAUAUAUAUUGUUCAUACGUGGUAUAGAUUCAACAGACCUUCAGUAUGUUGAAGGUUCAUUGAAUAUCAGAAAUGGCGUAAUAUUUGCUGGCGGAAUUCGGUAGACGAUGGUUCGAAAGUUUAUGACUUUGAUUUGGGUUUAUUUUGGUUUUCAAAGACACAUGUAUAGGAGAACUAUAAUUUAAAUGGGUUUGAAAUAUUUUUUUCCUUUAGCUGCUUAUAUGAUGAUUACAUUCACUGUGUAUUCCUAUGUAUUACACACACACACACACACACACACACACACACACACACACACACACACACACACACACA